GCAGAAAAGAAAGCAGGUCCAGCUGGGGGCGAGUGGGGCAGAGUCGCAUUGCAGGCCCGCGUCGUAAUGGGCUCCAGGAGGAGGACAGAGCCCGUCUCCCCCAUUGUGACGCGCGCUGAAUUUCACUGUGCUGCGCAAGGCGCUGCGUGACCAGCGGGCAGGCCACUUCGGCCAUGAAGCGGCAACAGCAGCGGCGUCGGCCGCGGCGCGGGUCGGGGCAGUGUCUCGGGGCGGAGAGCAGGUGGCGCGUCUCCCCGAGCGAUAGAGGCGCGCCCAGCACCAACAAGGGCCGGAAGAAGCCGCCCGUCGUGUCCUGCUGUAGUCUGUCGGGCAGCGAGACCCAGCAAGAGAUGACGCGCCGGAGAAUCAGCCCCGGCCGCUUCUCUCCGCCGCAAUGCUUCCCGGACGCGGCUUACAGCUCCGAGCCCGAAGCGGCAGGAGGCGAGGGCUGCCUUGGGCGCCUCCAGCUGGCGCAAAUGUACCGCGACGAAGGCGGAAUGCUGAUGCCGCGGAAAGGCAAGUACAGGGGCGCUUCGCUCCCGCACGCUAAGGCUCCGGCCAUCGCCAGCGUCGCUUCGGCCCGUCUGCGCCGCCCCACCUUGCCCCAACAGCACCAUUAUCUCGCUCCGGCCGGCGAGGGCUGCGCUACUCCUUGCACCACUUCUUGUACCACCCUCUACGGCGGAGAUUUCCAGCCCCACCACGAGCUGCCCGGACGGUCUCCGACAGGCAGGUGCACCCGGGUGGAGGAGCUGCUCCGGGACGACCAGUGGGCCAGUCCUGUGACUAGAGCUCUAGAAUAUGGAAUGGACUUUCCCACCGACGUCAGCAAGCCACCGUCAAUUUGCCCGUCUUCUUUUUCCUUCACUCAGAUCGACCAUAAACCUUCUCCCAAGCUUGAGAAGAAGGAACCCAAAAGAAGGGAUUGGCAGGAGCCCUGUGACAGCAGCCCCAGCCUGGUAGACCUGAUGCAUUCCUUGAGACAGUAUGAGGAGGAAGACCCAGUGACUUAUUUGCCCCCGAACAACAAUUCACAUCAUCACCGUCACCACAAUCACCACAAGAGCAAGAAGAGCGAAGCUCAGGUCAGCCUCCACGAUCUGACUGAGAAGAGAUAUGAAGACAUGAUUCCAGAAAGGGACAAAAAGCUUGCUGCUUUGAUGCUAGCUAGGCAUCAGGAGGAGGAAGAGAUGAAGGAUAGGCAGCUCCAGGUCUCUGAGGCUUGGGAGAAGAUGAGGCGGAAGGAGAAGAAGCACAAAGCGAAGCUGGAAAAGGAGAGGCAAUACCAGUUGGCAGACAAUGUGGACCAAUGGCAGCGGGACCGGGAUCAACAGCGGGACCGGGAUCAAAGAAAAGCCAAGGCUAAACUAGAGGAAGAGCAACUAAUGGCCGCUAGGGAGAGGGAUAUUUUGUUGCAUGACAAGAAGUGGAAAAAGCUAGCUAAAGAGCAGGAGUGUAGACGUAGAGAGAAAUUUGAAAACGCCAGGCUUCAGGCUGAGUAUAGGAAACGUUGCCAGGAAAAGCAAGUUUGGGAUAAACGGUUGAUGGACCGAAAUGUCAAAGAUCAGAACUCUCAUGCAUACAAAGAGAAGAUGCUGCAAGCCCUGGAGAAGAGGCUUAUAAAGGAAAUGGAGAGGAAGAAGAGGAAAGUGGAACCGAAUGAUUAUAAGAAACUCAAGCCCAUGCAGGUGAAAGACCCAGUUGAGGACAAGCUCAAAGCUGAUGAGUUGUACAAGAGGCUCUGCAUUGAACAAAAGCUUCAGAGGUCUCAGGAAAUCCUGGAGCAGCUGCUUGAAGAAAGGAAUAGAGAACUAAAAGAAAAGUCAUACAAGGAAGACGAGCAUGGCAUAGCAGCCAAGGCGAGAGCUAAAGAGACAGAGGAGGAAAAGAGAAGGCGCAAGGAGAUGUUGUUGCAAAUAGCUGAGAUGAAGAUACAGCAGGCCAGGGAAAUCAUGAGCAAAAAUAUGCAAGACAGAGUACAACAUAUAAAAGAAAUUAAUUGCGCCAAGGAAAGGAACCACCAUUGCCGUAAACAGAAGCUUGAAUAUGAUGAAAAAUGCCACCUACGGGAAUUGCAAGAAGCCUUAAGAAGAAAAGAUCUGAAAUGCAAUCAGCUUCUAAGGUACAAGGACGCAGCUAUUGAAGACUCUAGGAGAUUAGCCAGAGCCCCAUAUGGCCUUAGAGACAAAAUGAGAGACCUGAUAAACCACAAUACAUUUGAUCCAAUGGCUUUAGAUGCCCACCGUAAUGCAAAUUGCCCCAGAGGCCUGUAGUGAAGUUUAAGGAAACAAACUGUCUUCUGCCAAAGUAGAUGGUUACAAUGCAUUCAUUUUGUAGAACUCUGCAUUGCUGUACACUAAAGUGAUUUCAGCCUUAAUUACUCUUUGACUGAUAAGUACUGUGGUUUAAAGGAAUUUACAAUAUACAGUAAAAAGCUCUGAUGUGCAUUUGUAAUGUUAUUGUGAACAGAAAAUACUGACCAUUACUCACAUACUGCUAUGAACAACUUAAUGCUACACAGAAUGUAGCUACGACUUAAUGCAAUACAUUUUGAUUGAAUAUUCCUGUAACAAUGAUUUUUUAACAAUUAUAUUUCAUAAUGGAUAGUUUGAGUUAAAAAUUAUGUUUUACCAAAUGUGACAUUUAAAACAUUUCAGUUCAAGGUAUUCAUUUGGCCAAUCAAAUAUUAAUACAGAUCGUUCUCGACUUAUGACCACAAUUGAGCCCCAAAUUUCUGUUGCUAAUAAGACAGUUGUUAAGUAAGUCAUUCUCCAUUUUACAACCUUUUUGCCAUGAUUAUUGAGCAAAUCAUUAGAGCUGUUAAAUGAAUCGUGAUUAAGUCAAUCUGGUUUUCCCCAUUGAUUUUGCUUGUCAGACACUCGCUAGAAAGGUUGUGGUGAGACUCUUAGAACCCAAAGAUGCUGCAACUAUCAUAAAUAUAUACCUGUUGCAAAGGACCCAAAUUUUGAUCAUUGACUGAAGAGAUGCUGCCGUGAUCAUAAGUGUGAGAACUGGUCAUAAUUCACUUUUUUCAGUACUAUUGCAACUUUGAACAGUCAUUAAAUGAACGGUUGUAAGCUGAGGACUAUCUGUACUAGUAUUUUAAUGAAAAACAUUCCAGUAAUAUUUUUCAAAUCAUUAUUUUUAUAUAUGUCUAAAUAAGCCAAGCAAUAAUCUUCAGUCCAUAUGUUAAUCAUAAAUCCCAUUUGUUCCUUUGGUGUUUAAGAGCCUUUCAUGGGAUUUAGCAGACAUAAUGAAUGUAUUAUUUUGUGAUAUUAGAAAUUUAUUAUUGUAUGGCUAUUGUAUAGGACAGACAUUGUGUCGUCGAUGCUAAUUUUGUAAAUUUUCAUAACUUUAUAAUUUUAUAAAUUUUUGGAUGGCAACCACAUAGGUGCUAACCAUCUAUCAUUUAAUAUAUUUUAAAAUAAAGCCUGACCAGAAUCUGUUCAUUUCUAAAAAAUAUGAAAUUGUAUUAUUUGAUGUUUAUAUUCUGAAAUUUAAUCUGCCAAUAAGCAUUGGCUAUUUUUGGUAAAUUGGCUGGAGAAAAUAAAGACAUG